AUGCAGUUCCUAUCUACCAUUGCCAUUAUGGCUACCAUCACCGUUGUGAGCGCAGUCCCUACUGGAGAUCCAACGACAUGCAGCCCCCAGCAAGCCAAUAAGUGCUGCACUAGCCUCACCAAUGGCAUUCUGAACAUUGACGUGCUUCCUGUGCUUUGUCUUCCACUGGUGGGAAGCUGCAACAAUCAAGCCGCAUGCUGCGAGACAAACGGAAUUGGCCUUUUGAACUGUCUCACCGUCCAGCUCUAG